AUGGCAACACCAGUAAAUAUUAUUGUUCAAUAUAUUUUAUUAAGACGUGAUCUUAAAAAAAUGAAAAAUUAUAAUGAUGGUGCUAUUAUUACUCAAGCAUGUCAUGCAUCAAGUGCUAUUUUAUUUAAAACAAUAAAUGAUGAUUUAACAAAAUUAUAUUUAAGUGAUUUAGAACGCAUGCAUAAAGUUGUUUUAGGUAUUGAUGGAAAUGAAAAUGAUAUAAAUGAAUUAAGUAAUUUACUUAAACAAAAUUCUAUUGAACAUUAUUUAUGGAUCGAACAACCAGAAAAUAUUCCAACAGCUAUUGCUGUUAAACCUUAUUAUAAAAAAGAUAUUGAACAUUUUUUUUCAAAAUAUAAAUUAUAUCGAUAA